UAAACACUUUUAUUUUGGUGAAGAGGGCCAAAGAAGUUCGUCAAGACACCGCCGUAUGAGUGACAUGGGGUCACUACGGGCUUCGUCAACGUUUCUGUUGCUUCUGUUAGUUGCUGGGACAAAGACUGGAGAGGUACCCAAUGACAACUACAAUCAAGAGAGCAGUGACGUCAGAAACAACCUGAUAGACCCUCACGAGGAAGAUCCAGUUGGCACUUCCAGAAGUUCUCUCGGACUCUCUACAUACAGAUCGAGCAAAGAAGUAAUUCCAGUAGAGAAUUCUUCAGCUGUCUCAAAGAAACCUCAAGCUCGAACCUUAUCAAUACCCUCAUUUCUGGGAGGAGAAAAAGAGACAGAGGAUAAUCAGGCCGCUUCUACGUCUGCCAUAGGCGAAAUUGCACCUCUAAAUGAUCAUCCUCUGUGGAAAGUUCACAAAUACCAAGGCAUAGAUUUUACACCUGUGGCACUUCCAACAGCUUACGAGUCACCGUCAGAAUCAUAUGGUCCUCCCGCAGAGACAUAUGGCCCUAAUGAACCUCGAAGUCCUACAGAAUCCUAUGGUCCUCCUAAAGACACCUACGGUCCACCAGAAUCGUCUGGUUCUACCGCAGGAGAUAGUUCUGCUGCGCUCUCAGCACUGGAUAAUCUCAGCGGCUUGACUAGCAUACUGCCUGAAGACGGAUCAUCUAUCACAUCUCCUUUGUCGUCAAUUAGUUCUCUGGCCAGUCUUCUAACCCAAAAACCAAACUCAGUUUCUUCUACUGCGGGUCUGAGUUUCGAACAACUGUCCGCAUUGGCAUCUUUAGUAAGUCUUCUUCAUGCGAAGUCUAAUGGCGCACCUGCAAGUACAUAUGGUCCACCUUCACUGCCAUCCAACAUUCGCGGUACUGAAUUGUCUUCCCUCGCGUCUUUAGUAAAUCUAUUUCCAACAGAAACGGCUUCAUCAUCCGGAUCUUUGCUGACCAGGCUCCCUUCGAAACCUAAAGGUGCGUUCCCUAGGUUUCUGGAAUCUAACAUUGUUUAUCCACUGUCUACAACAAAGGACAUUAGCAAUUUCGCUUCACAGUACAACACUGUUGCUAAAUUUAGUGGAAAUGCAGCUAAAAGCGACAUCGGAAUAAAAGGGAAAGUUACCAAACAUGUCGUGCUAGGUACUGCUCCAGAAGCUGGUGUAGCAAAUUUAUUAGACCUACCAAACCUUCCUCCCAUCUCAAUACCAUCCAAUUACAAAUUCCAAGAAACCGGAGUGGGGCGUCCCUAUGUUUUGAAGUAUUCCAAGCCAGGGCCCUCUACAGUGCCAGAUAACACAUAUGGACCACCUCCACAGGACGCGGUACCGAUAUACGAGGUCCCCCAGCAUCAGCAAGGAGAGCCCGUAUAUCCUGCUUUAAAUACAGCUUCGACUUAUGGCAUCUCAGUCCCAGUAUCCCUAACAUAUGGACCUUCGCAAGAUGCAACCUCAUUUCAGCCAUCACAUUCCCUGUCACAAGAACCUUUUAAUUCGUUUCAUUCACCCAUGGUUUCAUACCCAAGUUCUAUUCAGGAGCCACGUAGUCCUAUAAAUUCAUACGGCCAACCGACUUCACCAUACGCUGCUGUGUCAUCCGAAACCAACUAUGCAAAUUCAGGGUUCCAAACAGAAUAUCAGAAUCAGUUUUACAACCACGCCGCACUGACACCUGCCGCAGACACGUCUGCAAGACAAAGUACAUAUUCGCUCCCUCAACAACAUAACAUUCAGUCUCAGCUAGAUGGAACUUCACUUGAAUACGCUUCAUAUCAAUCCGAACAAACUGGACCUUACUCACAUCACAUAUAUCCCACUUCCCACAGCGGCCCGUUUCCUGACACUUCCAGAUCCGACACAGACGUCCCAUCCGAUGACACUCCUUCCAAACAACGCAGCGAUUUCUUACCGUCAACGCUGGCGGCAGCGACUGGUGCCGGCUACUCCAGGGUCGUCUUUCAGCGAUCUCAACCAGAAACACCACCUCACGACCACGAGCCGGCGAGGCAAGCAGAAAGCGAAUUUGAUCUUUUGGCCACUUCCACUUCUGAUGUCGCACAAAGCACUGGCUCGUCGACAUCGUCCGCUGAUGAGUCGGCUUUGUCUCCCAAAGAUUCGCAGCUUCAUAAAGGAAACGGAUUACAUCGAGAAACAAACGAGUUCCUUAUGGGAUAGCGAUAGGAUGAACAGUGGUUUUGAGCUGAAUGAACAUUGCCCAUUUCAUACUGCACAUGCUUAAGUGGAAGUGACAAUGCAGAGAAGAAUACGGGAACACUUCCUACUGAUAUUUGAGUUCAGUUUCCACAAUGAAUCUGUGGAAAUUCGAACAUACUGGGAUCUGCUUUUAUAUUGAAACUGAAUAAUUCGUCAUUCUUAAAUGCAUUUAAGAAUACGAUCAGCGGUACUUGUUCUAUUGAUGUUAUAAAGUGACGACAGUCAGCAUUUCAUAUUGUCGUGUGAUGGUCUCAGCCUAUGUUUAGCAAUCUUAUUCUAUUUACGGCCAUGUUUCAUCUCACGGGCAAUACAUGAUUAAUAAAUAUUAAUGCAUGGCAACUAAUUGUAAUGCUGUAUAUCUAUACGUAUAUUAUAACUGUUAUAAUAAAAUACCUAUUUAUGUUUCCCUCUAGGCUUCAAAUAUUGAUUUUUCUUAUAUAUUUAAUAAGACACAUUACUUCACUGUGAAUGAAACAAUUUCUUGAUCACCUUAAUUUAAAAAUUUUAUAUCUCGGUCCUACUAAAAUGUUAGGAAUUUAUGACCUCCCCUGCACGUUUUUACGAAUGCGGAAGGUAGGCUACAAUACAGCAAGGUGUUAUUGGCUGCUGGAUUAAAUCUUACGUAGGUCUGAAAGCUGUAUAGAAUAUAACCAUAUGAUAAAGUUCCAAUAUUAUCAUUAAACAAAUUUCCACAUUCCAGUAACAUAUGCUUGCAAUCAUUUUCUUCCUGCUCUAGAUACAUUCCGAUAUGGAGUCCAUCAUGUACUCGUAACGGAUUCCGUGCUCUUCUUUUAAUAAAGCGUAUCACACGAAAGCAUAAUGGAAAGGUUGUUUUUGUCCGAUCCCAAAUAAUCUAUUACAGUACUGAACAGAUUUUGAUUAAGAUACGACACAUCGAUACACUUGUAAAAACUGCGAAUAUUUACCAGAACAUAAUGAAUAAAUUUACAUAUUCCAGAGGCAAAAACUUUGCUGAAUUGGCUAGCUGAAUAACGAAACAUUUUAUCUGAUGAUUCUGCUGUUUUUCAGUGUAUGGAAUACCACUGAACCACGAAACGAAGAAGUUUCAUUUCUUGUUUUUCAAAACGCUACACACAACAGUCCAAUACAUUAUUUAACGACGGAAUUCUGUUUAA